AUGCUAUGUGAACCUUUUAUAAAGAAGGAUGAAGAUAAGUUCUGCACUUGGAUUUCGUAUAGACGUUUUUGCACCCAACCAAUCGAUCACAAGUUGAUAGCAGAGAGGACUGCACACGAAAUAAGCAAACCGCAAUUAACGGGUUUAUCUGAACCGUCGUUAAGGGAGUUAAAUUUAAGGCGCCAUAAAUAG